AUGUCUUCUCCCACUGCUGUUCCCCUCUUCAAGUUUGAAGACUUCAAGUUUGAAGAGCUCUCCCUCAGCAAGAUGGCUCCCACAACCAGAUCACAGGCUCACCAGCAAGCCACCCGAACUUCCUCCGAGUACAAUGAUACGGACUCCGAAUCUGAGAGCGGCUCAGGCAGCAGCUCCAUGAGCGAUGAUGACGACGAUGAUAGGAGAGAAGAGGACGAACCCAUCGUCGUCACGUCACCCUCCAAACUCUGCUAUAACCUUGACAGGCUAUCACCCGAGGCCCGCGAGCGCGUCAGGGACACUUUUGACCAUCCACCACAGCUAUCGUUAAAAAAAUGUCUACUACGCGACAACUACUAUGCCUUCCAUAUGACUGAGCUUGUGGACCGGUCCAUUCGUAUCGGUUCUCCCGACAGCCGUUGGCCGAAACCCUAUUGCUCCUGCAUGGAGGAGAACGCGCCACCUUGCGAGCAUUUGCUUUGGUUCCUAGACCAGCUUUCCAAGCAAACACUAUACGACCAUGACCUAACGUUGCCGUUAAACAUGGCCUCUGGUGGCUAUCCGGAGGAGAUCGGCGACCCGUACAAAGACAUUUCAACCUUCCACUUGGACGUUCUGGCUGAUGGCCUUCACUGUAACAUCUUUGAUCCGACUACCGUCGCCGGAGACGAGUCAGAGCAUGUCAAUGGCUCCAGCGACUCCGAAGACUCGGGAGAAAGUGAUAGCGAAGACUACCUAGAUCGUCCAAUUCCUCGUCGUAUUCAAGAGAUCCGCGAGAUGCUUGCCGUCGUCACAUCUGCUUCUGCCCCGGAAGACUUCCGUCCAGAUCUGGUAUCGUCAAGUAUUAAGAAAGCUGCCGUCAUAAUCAACAAGAACCCCAUCAAGCGCCAUGACUUGGAAGGUACAAUCUUCCGCAUGCUUCUUACCAACGACGAGUUCUUCCACUAUUUUCUUUCCAAAAUGCGCCCUACCGAUCCAGUCAGCGACCCCUUUCGCAAGUUGUCACAGCGUGUCGACCGCGUCCUGCAUGAACUCGACGCUUUCGCUGCCGGCACUACCUCAACCACUUUGACUGAAGGACCGCGAGACGUAGCAUGGGCAGCGCGCCACAUUACAGGAGUUGUAGGACUCAUACGAGCCGCAAUCUUCAAGCGGCAGCGGCCGCUGGAGGGCUGGGAGCGUUCCAGCGCCGCAAGGGCGCUCAUCCACAUUCUUUCAGGAGUCGUUGAGCGAAACCGUGAUUUUAUACCACCAAGCACAGGCCGAGCGACGGCAGCGUCUCUCUCGCGCCAAGACCGAAAUAUAUAUCUCCGUCUCGUGGGCGAUCGCGACGAGGGUUUCGUAGUGAGCAUCCUCAACCUCCUUCCGCCCGACGCGGCAGCCCCCUUCCUACAUAGUCUGGAUGUCAUCCAAGACCGGCUGGGCGUCAACGGUGCUCCGACAAGUUAUGUCGAGAAGCUCCGGUCUUUGAUGGCAAGGCUAAAGAGAAGGGCUAGUGUAGCCUCCCAGUCGUCCGCGGCGGGAUCGAAGCGUCAGAGCCAGGGUCCUGAUAGGGACAGCAAGAGGGUGAAGUGA